GGCUCUGGAGCCUUGAGCCCAUUCUAAAUCUCAAGUUUAAGUGUGUGACUAGCUCAAUUUGGGCCGUCCCCUGUUGCAAUCUAAAGUUGACUAGGCCAGGCCCAAAUUGAUCCCAAUCAAAUCCCUUCAUUUCCUAUCCUUAACAAUUAUGACCAUCCAUCCUAAACGAACUAACGACCACAAAUCCACAACUCACACUACCAAACAAACAAGAUGAGCAACUGAAGCAGCAGCUGCAGCAGCAGCAGUUUACAAUAUUCACACCACUAAAAAUCUGUAGCCAUGCAUGAACUUCACCCUGUUGUUAUCCAAACCAAACACAAAUACUAGGACUCUCUCCACUCUCUCUCAUCCAACCAACUCUCGCCGGCCGCCACCGCCGCCACCAUGAGCAACAGUACCGACACAGUCGACAAGCUCGUCGUCUUCCUCGCGAAGCGCGACGGCAUCGACAAGCUCGUCAAGACUUUCCAGUACGUCUCGAAGCUCGUCCACUGGCACGCCGAAUCCAGCAUCCACGCAGACGUCGCCCGGCGGGCCAAGAGCUGGGAGACCGCCGCCGGCCUCAGUCGGAAGGCCUUCCGCACUGGGCGGUUCCUCACAGGCUUCAACGCCCUCCGCCGGUCCCCGGCCCCCACCCCGCUCUUCUGCGCGCUGUCGGUUCUCGCGAAUGCGGGGGAGAUGAUCUACUUCUUUUUCGACCAUUUUUUGUGGCUGUCACGCAUCGGAGUGCUAGAAACUACUCUGGCGAGAAAAAUGAGCUUUAUCUCGGCAUUCGGGGAGUCCGUGGGGUACGUGUUUUUUAUCAUAAUGGAUUUUAUUAUGAUCAAGAAGGGAUUGAUUGAAGAGAGGAGAUUAUUAAAAAAUAAGGAUAAAAUUAAUACUAACACUAAUAAUACUAAUAAUACUAAUAAUAAUGAGGAGGUGAAGAGGAUUAGAGGGGAUAGGGUGAUGAGGCUAACGGGUGUUGCGGCGAACGUAGCGGAUUUGGUUAUUGCGGUAGCGGAUAUUGAGCCAAACCCGUUUUGUAACCACGCGGUCACGUUGGGGAUAAGUGGGCUCGUCUCAGCAUGGGCUGGUUGGUACAGGAAUUGGCCAUCAUAAUGGGCAAAAAAAAAAAAGAAAAAAAAGAGAUGAUGCAUGUAUAUAUAUCAAAAUAUUGGACCAUAUAUGUUAUAUGAGAAAAUUAAACUGCUUAUGGAUCUGCUGUUUGGAGUUCAUAUAUUUUUUCAAUCAAUUUUGGUUUUAGUGA